AUGAACACAAAAUUAUCAGUUGGAGGACGAAAAAGAUGUACCGCUGGAUAUGAAUCUGUUGAUACGAAUAGUUCAAAGAUUAACGAUGCCGUGACGCCCAUCACGGUUACCUGGGAAAACAUUGAAGUGAAAACAAGAAAGAAAGGAAAGAUUCUGUUGAAUAACGUCUCAGGAAUAGCAAAACCUGGCGAAAUGGUGGCAUUGAUGGGUGCAAGUGGCGCCGGUAAAACAACACUACUGAAUGUGCUAAUGGAUAGAAAUAUGAAGGGAUUGGAAAUGGAAGGGACAGUGAAAGUGAAUGGAAACGAGAUUGGGCAGAGUAUUUCGUUGAUUUCCGGUUUUGCACAACAACAGGAAAUAUUCGUACCAACGUUGACAGUCGAUGAGUAUUUGAUGAUUCAGGCGAAACUACGAAUGCAAGAGAGCCAAGCGAUUCGUCGGGAGCGUGUUGACGAGAUAAUUGAAAUGCUCGGGCUCAAUAAGUGUCGAGAUUCGAAAAUUGGGAAUCCUGGCUUAGUGAAAGGGAUUUCUGGUGGUGAAGCACGUCGUCUGACGUUCGCAUGUGAACUUCUCUCGAAUCCAUCUCUAAUGUUCGCAGAUGAACCAACAUCUGGUUUAGACUCUUUUAUGGCUGCCAGUGUUGUUCAGAUUAUGAGAAAUUUGGCGAAUUCCGGAAGAACUUUGAUUGCAAUCAUUCAUCAACCGACUGCAGAUUUGUAUUUUCAAUUCAAUAAGAUUAUUUUCUUGUCUUUGGGAAGAACUGCGUUUAUGGGGACACCACAGGAAUCUAUUAAUUUCUUUUCCGAUUGUGGUCAUCCCAUCCCGAAAUCCUUCAAUCCUCCUGAAUGGAUUCAGACAAAACUGUCGAUUCAGCCGACUGAAGAAGAGAAAAGUCAGGAAAGAAUUGAGCACAUUAUCAGUUACUACGAGAAUUGUCAGAUCUCCACCAAAUCGUCUACAGAAGUCAGAACGAAUCCGACGACAGAUCUGCCACCGUUUAUUGAGAAUCCUGGGUUUUUCACGGAGACGGGAGCACUUUUGAAGAGAGCCUUCAUCGACGUCGUCCGUUCUCCAGCCCAAAUGCGAAUGAAAUUAAUCCAAAAGAUAGUGAUGGGACUAUUCAUCGGAUCUCUCUACUGGCAACAACCACUCGAUCGUCGUGGCGUACAGAAUACGAAUAGUGCCUUGUAUUUUCUGAUUGCUGAGCUCACUUUCUCCACAAUGUUUGGGAUAAUGACAUUUAUGGAGCACGAGUUGCCAUUGAUAGCAAGGGAAUAUCAUGACGGAUUGUUUUAUGUCAUCAGUUAUUAUGUUUCGAGAUGCCUCGCAUACCUCCCACUAUUCACACUUGAUGGAGCCAUCAUGGUUCUCAUAUCCUAUUGGAUGAUAGGCUUAAACAACACGUGGCAACAAGUUCUGAAAAGUGUCCUGAUUUCAGUGCUAGUCGAACAAUCCGCCACGUCAUGUGGUCUCUUUCUUGCGUGUCUUUUUGAGACAACCUCAGUCGCCAUUGCCUUCGCAGUUCCAGCAUCUGGCUUGUUUGCCUUGUUGAGUGGAUUAUAUGGAAACACUAGCAACUUUCCAGUCUACAUUCGAUGGAUGCAAUGGACCAAUGUCAUUGGUCUCUCUUCCAUCGUCGUCUUCUUCUAUUUGGCCGGAUUCAUUGCCCUUCUCGUCAGAAUCAGACUCUCUCGUUGA